GCGGAAAUAAAAUUAAUUGAAUUUGAUUUUGUCCCAAAUCAGAGGUCUUUGCCCUAAUCCCCAAUUAACAAGUGCUGUUACUAGUUGCUUACUUAUUGUGACUUAGUGUUUCACUAGGAGUAAAACUGAAAGGUCACGUAAAGAGGGAGAGACGUUGCUCUGGAAGCUUGGCGCGAAGAAGAACGAAAACGAGGUGAGAGACAUUGUCGAAGUCGGAGCGUCAAGUGUGAGGGAUUGCUAGUGGCAUCAUCGCAUCUCCAUUCUUCGCUAGGAACAAAUCUACGAAGAGGUAAGUUCGCGUUCAUUCCAUCGUCUCAUUUACGUGGCUUUUGUGGACAGCAUUAUGAUCAUUUUGAUUGUUUUAGUAGUGAGCCAUUUUUGUUGUUUGUUUUAUGUGCUUGUAACUACUUGUUUAUUUAUUGUAUCUUCCCUCUACGAUUUUUUAGAUGGAUCGUCUAGUUACGUUUGUUUAUCAUCACAUGGGCGCCUUGAAAAGGGGUGGGGACGGUAAUGUGAUAUACGAUGAGGGUUUAGUAACUGAGAUACACAGGGUGAAUGUGGAGACAUGCAAUUUAUUUUUUGUUGAGGGCUUAUUUCUAUACUUGGGUUACCCUGGAUACAAUGAGGUGUACUGGCUAGAACCUGAUUUAGACUUAGGUAAGGGUCUUAGAGUGCUUAUGACGGAUGCUGAAGUGAUGAGGAUGUGUGAGAGUGCGAUGAAGAAUGACAACACUGUCCACCUAUAUUUUGAUCACCCCAUUGAUAUCAACCCUGAGAUCAUUGAUGAAGAAGUCGUGUCUGAUGGUAGCAGUGAUAGUGUGGUUGAAGUCAAUCCAGCUAGUGAUAAUGUGAACGAGGCUAAUGAGAAGGAGAAUAAAGGUGUGAAUGAGACCAGUGGUGAGGUUAAUGAAUUGAAUAUGGCUUUGAGUGUUGUUGUGAAGGAGACUGUGAAUGAGGUUGUAAAUGAGGCCACUGUUGAUGUUAACGAGUCGAACAAAGGUGAGAGUGGUGCUAUGAACGAAGCUGUGAAUGACGAGAAUGAGGACAAAGACACUAAAGGAGCAUCAGCUCCAGAGAAGGGUGUUAAGAAAGUUAGAAAGAGGCAUCCAAGACCACCACCUAGUGGUUUAUCCCGAGAGAGAAGAGCUGCCCAAAAUGAACAACCUGAGAGUGAUCUUGGAGAAGCUAAAGCGGUAAAUGAAUCCACAUACGAGACCAAUGCUGAUGAUGUUAAUGAUCCGAAUGAAGGUUCUGAUUUUGGAGAACCAGUUGCGAAUGAGUUGAGGCCAGAGGAACCUGAGAGUGAAAAUGCGACAGGUAAAUUCGUUGUUUUUUUUUUUUUGUUAGAGGUUAUGUGAAUAAGCAUU